AUGAACACUUUGAUCUUCCUGUGCUUCACUCUGUCCUUGUACCCUUACCAUACCGUAUCACUAGCAAGCACCAAUGUCACUGCCAUGCAAAUGCGCCGCGCACUUCUCUCCCUCAAGGACAUGGUGUCCGACCCGUUUGGCUCUCUCCAUUCAUGGAACAGCUCAAACAACCCAUGCAGGUGGCGCGGUGUUGGAUGCAGCCGCAAGCACACUGAGAGGAUCCUCGAGCUAAACCUCAACUCAUUCGGCUUGAUUGGAGGCAUCUCUCCAUUACUAAGCAACCUCUCAUAUCUCCAUGUGCUAAACCUUGGGGAGAACCAUCUUGCCGGUCAGAUACCUGCGGAUAGGACUGGACCCCUACCUGCGGACCUGGGUCAUCUUCGUAGACUUCGGGUACUGAACCUUUCCAUGAACUCACUGCAAGGCGGCAUCCCAACUUCUUUGGCAGGCUGCACCAAUCUAAUGAAGCUUAGCCUGGCUCACAACCAGCUGCGAGGUGAAAUCCCUGGUGAGAUUGGUAGUUUGAGAAAUCUUGUCUUUUUUACACUUCAUACCAAUUACUUGACGGGAAACAUCCCAUCAUCCUUGGGAAACUUGUCAUCACUUGUCGCAUUGAGUAUGGCCAAGAACUUCCUAUCAGGCAUGAUUCCUACUUCUUUUGGAAAUCUAUCGAACCUGACAAUUAUUUCACUUUUGAAUAAUCAGCUAUCCGGUGCUAUACCUUCCUCGCUUGGUCGCCUAACUAAUAUGGUAACACUUAUCCUGGACCAAAACAACCUGACUGGUUCUAUACCUCCUACUAUUUGGAACAUGUCAUCUUUGGUUCUAUUUUCCGUAGAAACCAAUGAGCUUACCGGGACAGUACCUCCAAAUGCACUCAGUAAACUUUCUGCUCUCGAGAUUUUCUCUUUAGUGGAGAAUAAUUUUCAUGGGCAGAUUCCUUCUUCGCUUCCUAAUGCUACCGGCCUAAUUCAAUUUGAAAUCGCAAUCAACCACUUCAGCGGCACUAUUCCUCCAAAGCUUGGCGGGUUACAGGGCCUCCAAUUUUUUGUUCUAGCAUUUAAUGCAUUUGAAGCUAAAAACCAUCAUGAAUGGAAUUUUAUGCACGCAUUAACAAAUUGCUCCGAGUUACAAGCUUUGGAAUUGAAUGAUAAUAAGCUUAGUGGAACGUUUCCUUCUGCAGCUUCCAAUUUAUCCACAAAGCUACCAUAUCUUUCCCUAGCUGGCAACACAAUUUCAGGUCAUGUUCCUAGAGAGAUUGGUAACCUCGUUGGUUUAAGUGGAAUCAUUCCAAGCACCAUAGGAAACAUGGUGUCCCUCUUGAUACUAGACCUAUCUACUAACCAUUUUACAGGGACAAUCCCUAGCAGUUUGUUCAAUAUCACGACACUUUCCAUACAACUAGGUAUCUCUAAUAAUCAUUUCGAAGGACCAAUACCACCUGAGAUUGGGAACCUACAAAAUCUUGUAGUGUUUGAUGCCAUGUUCAAUCGGCUCACUGGGGAAAUUCCUGCCACUCUAGGAAAAUGUCAGCUUCUCCAAACCAUCAACCUGCAAAACAAUUCAUUGGCGGGUAAUAUUCCAUCACUCUUGAGUGGGUUGAAGGGUUUGGAAAUUCUCAAUCUCUCAAGAAACAAUUUUUCAGGCCAAAUACCAAACUUCCUAGGAGAUUUCACAAGUCUCGCACAUCUUGACCUUUCUUUCAACAAUUUUGAUGGAGAAGUGCCAAAAGUUGGUGUUUUUGCAAAUGCUACUAAGAUUUGGGUCGUGGGUAAUAGCAAGCUUUGUGGGGGCUUUCAAGACCUUCAUUUGCCCCCAUGUUCUCUUCAAAUUUUGAAGAGAAAACAUAAAAUUCCAGUGCUCGCAAUUGUUCUUUCACUUGUUGCAACAACAAUAUGCAUCCUUUUGUUGCUCAUGUUCUUCCUUGAUUACUACAAGAGAAAAUCAAGGGAAACUCCUUCAACAAUGUCCACACAAGGCCACAAAGUUGUCUCCUACCAACAGUUGGUAGAAGCAACAAAUGGUUUCUCAACAUUAAAUUUGUUGGGCAGUGGGAGCUAUGGAUCUGUUUACAGAGCUAACUUGCAUGAUGACAUAAGUGGGCAAGAAAACAUUGUCGCUCUGAAAGUACUAAAACUUCACACCCCUGGAGCGCUCAAGAGUUUCACAUCUGAGUGUGAGGCGAUGAGAAAUUUACGACAUCGAAACCUUGUCAAGGUCAUCACAGCAUGCUCAAGCAUCGACUUCAAUGGGAAUGAUUUCAAGGCUAUAGUGCUUGAUUUUAUGCCCAAUGGUAAUUUGGAAGAGUGGCUUCAUCCUUUCACAAACCACCAACCAGGGGCUAGGAACUUAAGUCUUGCCCAAAGAAUGAGCAUACUCUUUGAUGUGGCUAAUGCAUUGGAAUAUCUCCAUUGCAAUGGAGGUGCACCAAUUGUUCAUUGUGAUCUUAAGCCAAGUAAUGUCCUUCUGGAUUCUGAUAUGUUAGCUCAUGUUGGUGACUUUGGAUUAUCGAGGAUUCUUAUAGAGGGAUGCUCAUAUUUCCAAGCCUCAACGAACUCGAUGGGAUUUAGAGGCACUAUUGGUUAUGCUCCUCCAGAAUAUGGUGCUGGCAAUAUGGUUUCAACUCAUGGAGACAUUUAUAGCUAUGGAGUUCUUAUUCUUGAAAUGGUUACUGCGAGGAGGCCCACAGAUAACAUGUUUGACCAAGGAUUAAACCUUCGCAAGUAUGUCAAGAUAGCCUUUGAAAGCAGAAUGAUGGACAUUGUCGACCCUGAAUUGGCUGAAGAGCUUGAAAAUGGCCCAGCAACAACAGAUGGCCCAUCAAACCAAAGGAAGGUUGAUGCUCUGAUUUCUCUAGUUAAACUUGGGAUGCUCUGCUCUGAGGAAAUACCAUCGAGUAGAAUAUCAACCAAAGAUAUCAUCAGGGAGCUGCAUGCAAUAAAAGUUAAAGAAAUCAAGGAGAACAAGUAG